AUGUUCUUUCUUUCUUUCUUCUCUCUAUCUUUCUUUUCUGUCUUUCUUUUCUUUCUAUUUAUUUCCUCCUUUCUCAUCUUUUCUUUCUUUCCUCCUUAUUCUGUUUCUUUCUUUCUUUCUUUCUUUCUUUCUUUCUUUCUUUCUUUCUUUCUUUCUUCUCCCUAUCUUUCUUUUCUGUCUUUCUUUUCUUUCUUUCUAUUUUUUCUUCCUGUCUCAUCUUUUCUUUCUUUCCUCAUUAUUCUCUUUCUUUCUUUCUUUCUUUUUCUUUCUUUCUUUCUUUCUUUGUUUUUAUCUCUCUUUUCUUUCUUUCUUUCUUUCUUUCACUUUCUCUUCCUUUCUUUCUUUCCACAUUUUUCUGUUUAUUUUUUCUUUCUUUCAUUUCUAUUUUUGUUACUUUCUCUUCCUGUUUCUUUCCUCAUUAUUCUAUUUCUUUUUCUUUCUUUCUUUCUUUCUUUCUUUAUUCUGUUUAGUCUUUUCUUUCUUUCUUUAUUUUUACUUUUUCUUCUUUUAAAUUUCUUUUUUCUUUUCUUUUUACCCUUUCUUCUUCUUCUUUUUAAAUUUCCUUUUCUUUCUUUCUUUCUUUCUUUCUUUCUUUCUUUCUUUCUUUCUUUCUUAUCUUUUUUACUUUCUCUUCUUCUUAUUAAAUUUCUUUCUUUCUUUCUUUCUUUUCCCUAUCUUUCUUUUCUGUCUUUUCUCUUUUUAAUCUUCCUCUUUCUUUCUUUCUUUCUUUCUUUCUUUCUUUCUUUCUUUUUAUGUUGUACAAACUUUACAAUACUUUCUUUCCUUCAUGACACUUCAUCUCUCUCUCUCUCUCUCUCUCUCUUUCAUUUUUCAAUCUUUGUUGCCACUCACUUGCUUAUGAUUGGUACUUUCUUUUUCUUUUUCUCUUUUAACUCUUCAUUUCUCUCUAUUUUUUCUUUCUUUCUCUGUUCUUUUCUCCGUUUUCUUGAUCACUUUUCUCUUUGUUUCUUUCUUUUUUCUCUUCGUUUCUUUCUUUUUUCUCUUCAUUUCAUUUUCCUUUCUUUCUUUUUUUCUCUUCAUUUAUCACUCUUCACUCUAUGUCAGUUUCUCUUUCUUUUUUUGUCAUUGUUUUCUUUUCUUCUGCUCUUCUCUUUGCUCAGACUUUCUUAUUUUUUUCUUCCUUUUCUUUUUUUUUUGUCUUCAUCUCUCUUUUUUUAUUUUCGUAAUGUUCGCUCUUUCAUAACUUUUUUUAUUUUUUCUUCCUUUACUUUUUCUUUCUUUUUCUUUUCAUCUCUCUUUUUUAUCAUUAUAUCAGCCUCUCUUUCAUGA